AUGCCGAUCCAGGAAAUGGAGCAGAUUGAAGACCUUCUGGCCAACUUGCAACUCGAAGACAUCAAGUGUGACCUGUGCCAGGACGUGAACGAAGAACCAAUUGCGUUCAACCACUGCAAACACUGCGUUUGCGCCGGAUGUGCCGCUCGCUGGUUGGAGUAUAGCAACUCUUGCCCAAUUGUAAGAAACUUUACGGGAGAUAAUUGGUAUAAAAUGUGUUUGCGCUCAGUGCCGUGCUCGUGUGACUGAAAUCUGCAUCGACGCGGAGAUGAAAAAGAAAGCGUCGCAGUUUGUUCGUCUCCAUCCUGGUUAGUUUUAGAGCAUUUCAGAGAGGACAUGAAGUAGUUAUAGAGCACGAGGUGCCGAACGAGAAGAAAUUGCAGCAGGCUUGCUAUGAAAUAGUCUUUUGGGCCGUCCAGCAACGCCUAGAUGUCAACCAUCCGCUCGCCGUUUUUUGGGGAUUCAAACCUAUGGUUCCGGACAAUUUGAAGUUUGUCAUUGAUAAGAAAAUCCUGUGUAAAACUGAGAUUUCAGUGAGACUCAGGCAAAAGAGUUCCUUCAAUCUAAGCGAGAGGAGCAUAUCUGGUCUCGUGUCGAAGUCUUGAGAACCCGACUCGCCAAACACAAUGACAUCUUUAAACACAUGUUAUUCGACGGUUUGUUCACAGUUUGCACUUCUAAGUUUCAAAUGUGAAAUUUCAGCAUACCAGGCACGAGUCUUUCCAGGAAAUGUGGUGGCCUCGAACGAUGAUUAUUUCUGGAAAAUCGUCCGCGGUCGAGGACUGAUGCGGGUUCCACGUAUGUAAAGUUCAGAACAUUGAUAGAACGACACGAAUUUCAGGUUUCACCAACCGCUCCUACUGCUCGCGCCGCUUCCGCCGUUCCUUCAGCACAUAA